AUGAAUGACAUCGUGGAUGAUGUGGAGAAAGACGCAAAAAAUGACGAUGGACCAGAAACAAAAUGGAGAAGAGCCCGAUCUGCGAUACGAGAUUGGGGAGAGUCCUCAUCGUGCCACGGAAUACCACAUAUGGCGCAAGCUUCUACGUUUUGCGCAGCUAUCGUAUGGUCCGUAAUAUUGGCAUUCUGUGCGGUGGGAUUCGUUUACUUCUUCACCGAUACAUUGUCUCAAUACCUACGAUUCGACAAAAUAGUUCAAUUAAACUUAGGACUCGAAGCAGCAAAUUUCCCAUCGGUUACCUUCUGUAACACAAACCCAUACAAGAUGAGCAAGAUCCAGAAAGUUCCAGCACUGAAAGCAUUGCUGAGCGUCUACGAAACAUCAGCUAAAGGAGAUUUGCUGUAA